UAACAGUUUGCAAGCGCCUAGUUGUGCACUAACUUCUUGCUGUUGCAUUGCUACCUUCUUACAUUUCUUUGCCAAUCGGCAUUCGCUCCGCCCAUUCUCGCUUUCCAUAAUAGCAGCAAUGCAGUUACGAAACGGAACUGUAGUUGGCCAAACCACAUUGCAGCCACAAUUCCGACCGCUGUUUGAGGAGGGCGUCCGAUUAGUCUUCUCUAAAUGGACAGCUUUGACGUUGGCAGUGCAAAACCAAUGGGGAGGCGCGAAUAGUGCUGAGAAGGCCGAAGUACUAUUCCGCGAUUGCUUGGACUGGUUUUACAAGAAGCGGGAGCACUACGCGGACGAGCUGGAGGAGGAGCUGGACGACGCCAUCCUGCAGGACUUCAACGUGGAGGCGGAGGACGGCAGCCCCCGGCUGGUCGCCGAGGCGCUAGUGAAGCUGUACGGCGAGCUGCUGGCAGGGGGCGGCAGCAGCGCCUACCUGCAGGAGCUCAGGAGCAUGGCGGCGGCGGAGGUGCAGCAGUGCAAGAGACAAGUGGUGGACUUGGACGGCACGGUUGUAGCGGAGGAGGACGCGGACAUGGACACCAGCGACGAGGACGAUGAUGAUGAGGACGACGAGGAUGACGACAUGGAUGCGGACGGGGCGGGCGGGCAGCAGGCGCCGCGGGCGGUGCCCCUGGAGCCGCCGGCGCCGCGAGUGCCGGUGGUGGAUGAGGAUGGGUUCACGAUGGUGCAGGGCAAGGGACGGAGGGGGAAGCGGUAGGGGCGGUAGGGUGAUGCUGCGUUGUUGUGGGUGUAUGGAUGAUUGGGUGUGGGUAUGGGUGCUGCAUGUGGGUGCUGGGUUGUGAGGGAUGUGGAAUAGAUGGGCAGGUAAGGGUAGGGUAGCAGGUUGCGGAGUCAGGGAAGGGUGGUGGGAUGCGUAGAUCGGGAAGAUGUAGGUCAGGGAGAGGCGGUUGGGUUGUCGCUUCGUACAGCUUGUAGUGUCUGGUGAAGGAGGGAGGUAUCGCUGCAAUAGAGUUGGGCGAACCUGUCUGUCAGUGAUGGAUGGAGGGUUGCAGGAUGCGCAGUGUGUUAGUCAACUGGUCGCACAACUGACAUUGACAUGUGCAGAGUGUGCAGGGUCGGAUUGAACGUGGCUAUGCCGUCAACGGCAGACGCGUCCGUGGGGCUUACACGGCAACUUGUCAUCCAGGCAUGUGCAGGAUGUAGGGAUGUAAGGCAAUGUUUUCGAUACCGGUAGCAAUCCGAAGUUGGACGAGAGGCGCACACACGCUACGACGAAGAGGAG